CACACAACACACAACCUUCUUAAGCUCACGUUACAUAGAUACUGUCUCUCGUUACCGAAAGAAUUGCCUCAAUCACCUCGCUCUCCCAACACCUCGACUACUUCUUACAAGGCAUUCCAACACUAGGAAACGAAUUGCGAUGAGUUAACUGUUAUACGUUAAGAAGCGUGUGUGAUGUCGAACACCAAGCCACCAUGGCCGCGUCUGCUUCGCGACGGGCUCGCUGCUCAGCAUGCAGAUGGCUCAUUCUCGUGUACUCAAUGCAAUAAAGUAUUUCACAGCAAGCAUCUUUACAAGCACAAGUGUUCCCUAGUCCACGUGCCGCUGGAGCCGUCAUGUGUGGACAGCGACCUAACAUGCAACACAGAUUAUGCUUCCUGCUUGGAUUUACUAGGCGAUGCAGUCGCAGAUAAGCUUCUUGCAUACCAACGUGACCUGGCGCAACGCUCAGUCCCGAUGAUGGCGCGCACCAAAGACCUCAGGGCCGUGCUCAUACAGCUGCGCAUACCAUUUGCCGAUGCUGUUUUCCCACAAGGCCAACCCUCCCCGCCGCCUGCUGCUGACACCUCGCCUCUUCCUAACAGCCCCAUGCUAGUGGAGACACGCUCCCCGCAGUCCCAGCCUUCACCGAUGGACGUCAACAGCCCAGAGGUAGAAAUGCGCUCUCCCGCUAGCGACCCAUCCAGCAGUGCGUCCCCCAACGUCUCAUCCACGUCUAAUAACGGAAGCGAGGCCGAAAGCAGUGGUUAUGACGACCACGGGGCAAGCCAUUCUACUGUUAGCGACAGCGUCGACGGGGAUGGCAGCGAGGAUGGCUCGCAUGGCCGCAGCAGUCCCGGUAGCAUGCAAGGAGCAGGAGCUAGCCAUUCCACGGGUACCAGCGGCGGCAGCGGCAGCAGAGGUGGCGACAGUGGGCCGGACUCACUCCAUGACGACAGCUUGCUUGGUUAUUGAGUACGAUGUUGAGGAGUCCUAUUGAGCGAGGGUUCAAUUUGGUUGACCCGUAAUUGAGUCUGCUAUUGAGUCUACAUUGAGUCGCCUAAUUGAGCAUGUAAUCUCAAUAUGACAUCUCAACAAUUCCGGUCACUUUGUUAAAUCUGGGACUCAAUAAGGGGGUCAAUUACACUCAAUCUAACUCAAUCUAACCCUUUCUGGGAGUGGUGGUCAAACAUACGUGUUUAGAUACCCCGUUACACUACCGCUCGCGCAUUAAUUCUCGAUAUAGUCAACCUUAGCUGUAAACCCCCAUACACGGUG